AUGCCCCAAUAUCAAUAUCAACCCCAACACCACCGUCCUCCUCAUUCCCGUUUCCUCUCCAUUCUCUUCCUUCUCCUCCUCACACUACAUCUACAAUCGCGGAGUAAUGGUGAUCUUAUUAUUAUGGGCGCCGCUGCCUUCCGCUUCACUGCACAGCCGGGCCGCAAGUGUUUCACCGCAGAACUCCCGGAGCCCGGCCGUUAUAUCGUCCACUACCGCAUGCCGCGCAGUCUCACGCCUCUCGUCUCCGUCGCCGUCUCCACCCGCAACGGCCGCGCGUUGUUGGAACACCCCACCGCCGUGCCGAAUGCCCGUGAUGUGAUUACUGUAAAUGAGGCGAAUGAUAACACCAUCGCGGUGUGUUUUCACAUUUCCAGUAAAGCCCCACUCACCGCGGCGGCUAUGCACAUUACAUUAGAUGUGAUGGAUGCGGAGGAGGCGGAGUUAACACGGCAGAAGCGGCAGAGUUACAGCACCUCCAGUCCCAUUGGUGUAGGUGUGGGAAAGGCAAGUGGGGCUAUGCAGCAGAUGCAGUAUAUAUUUAACACCGUUAUGCAGAUUCGAUUGGUGUACAUUCGACUACUCAGCGUGGAUGAAGAUAUUCGAUAUUCCUUUGAUGAUAUGAAUGCGGUGGCGUGGUUGUAUGUGUAUUUGUUUGCCGCAGUGGCUUUACUGAUCGCACUUGUGGGGUACUUUCGUCUGCGAUUGUACUUUCUCCGUCGUAAAUAUAUUUAG